UUAAAUCCAAAAAGUCGUUUUAAUUGAGACACCUUUUGUGUCUUUAUCUACUUCUUAUUCUUAAAGAUGAAAGCUCAAUUUUGUUUUCUAGAUCAUUUCAUUAAACAAACAAGUAAAUGGCAUCGACAUUGAAAUAUAUCUCAUUACAUUAUUUUAUGCGUAUUUGUGGAAUAAAAAAAAUGUCCACAUGCUAAUGGUUCCGCGUAAUCUCCCGCACUGGUGGACUAAUGUAAUGAGAAAAGUGAUCAAAAGACGAUCAGGAAGCAAAAUGAAGAAUGCAAGAAGCUCUUUAGGUGUGUAUAUGCGCGAAAAAAUGGACAAUGUGUGUGAAUGUAGAUUACACGGGGCGGGAUGUCGUCAUUAAUUAACAUAAGUUAGUUUGGGAUGGAAAGAGGUGCUAAAUAAACUAUGGUGAGGUAUACAACAUCGACUUACUUCCGAUUUUAAAAGUCAUUUUCGUGCAAUAUCUGCUUUGGGUAUGUAUCAUUCAUCCAUAUUCAUGGUCAAGUUAGAUUGUUAAGGUAAUAGCUCCGGCUCAGGAGUCAGUUCUUCAGUGGACGUGACACCGAUCGCAUGUGCACAACAGCAGUUCCCUCAAUUUAAUAAAGAAGUUCAAGUCUAGUUUAGUGACCACAACUUGUGCCACUGUGGGUGUGCUUCUUUAUCAUAAUUACAAAUUUUUAAUUUUGCCUCGAGGUGUGAGAAUUUAACGAAGAAAAAUGCAGAAGUUGAUUGACGAGAGACGCUUCGAAGGGAAGGACGAAAAGAUGGAAAUUAAGGAUGGUGAAAUUUCUGUUUCCACUCCAAUGAAGGACUUCUUUCGCGAUAAGAAUGUCCUCAUUACAGGUGGUACAGGCUUCCUUGGGAGACUACUUGUGGAAAAACUUCUCAGAGUUGGGGUCAGCAUGGUUUACCUGGUGGUACGUCCAAAAAAAGACCAGACAGCCGAGGAGAGAAUUGACGAGCUCAGCCAGGGAGCAAUAUUCGAUCGUCUACGCCAAGUCGAUGCCAACUUUACGGAUCGCAUUCAACCCCUUGAGGGUGAUCUCUGUCUCCCGGAUCUGGGGCUCGAUCGUAAAAGUUUGGACAUCCUAGAGGAGAAUAUUGAGAUUGUCAUUCAUGCUGGUGCCGAUGUGAGAUUCGACGAGACCCUGGCGGCUGCUGUUCAGGUCAAUAUCCGUGGCACGCGAGAUAUUCUCGAUAUGGCAGUGCGGAUGAAAAAAUUGGAGGUAUUUGUUUACGUCUCCACGGCGUACUCAAACUGCCCACGACGCGAGGUUGAGGAAAAAUUCUACGAUCCCCCAAUGGAUCCGUACAAGAUGAUCGAACUUGUGGCGAAAGUGGAACGUGGUGAGGUCAGUGAGGAUGUUUUGAUGACGCUCACGCCGAAGAUUAUUAAACCAUGGCCCAACACGUACUCAUACACGAAAGCACUAUCUGAGGACAUGGUCAAGGACUACGGUGAACGGUUGCCAAUUGCAGUUGUUCGACCUUCCAUCGUUAUUGCCACGCAUUCAGAUCCAUUUCCGGGAUGGAGCGAGAAUGUCUAUGGGCUCAAUGGAAUUCUCGUUGCUUGCAGUUUGGGUUUAUUGCGUGCUCUCCACCUCCGCAGUGAUUAUGUGGGUGAUGUUAUUCCAGCAGAUUUCGUCUCCAAUUCCGUUCUUGCGGUUGCAUGGCUCACCACAAAGGAAAAGUCUGACAAAGUUGAAGCUGAAGCCGAGAAGAAGCAUCCCUUCAAGACAAAGAUCUACAAUUGCACCAGCUCGGCAGAUAAUCCUAUAACAUGGGGACUCGUAAACGAUUCAAUGUACAAAAUCUACGAAUGCUAUCCACCAAAACGUGGUUUGUGGAUCAACUGCUUCACCUAUACUCGCUACAAAUUCCUCUAUACGCUUAAUGUAAUUUUCUACCAUGUUCUUCCGUCAAUGUUUUUGGAUUUUAUUUUCAUAUUAGGCGGCAAAAAGCUUCGUCUCUUGCCGGUGUAUCGAAAAAUCCAAAAGUUCACGGAAGCUCUGUCAUACUUCACGACAAACGAAUGGCUAUUCUUCAACUACAACAUGAGACAUCUAUACAAGAGUCUCUCAGCGGAGGACUACGACUAUUUCCCAUGUGAUGUGAAAAAGAUGAUUUGGUUGGAAUACAUUCAUGACUACGGCAAAGGCAUGAGAAGACACAUUGGCAAGGAAACAUUGGAUACCCUCCCGGAGGGACGCAAAAGGAUGUUCCGAAUAACAAUUUUGCACAAUAUUAUCAAGACCUUCUUCUACCUCUUCUGGGCUUCUGCUAUCUACUUCAUUCUCGUCUUCUACAGAUUCAUAGAGCCCAUUGAUUUUACAGCAAUGUUGACGCGAAAUUGAUUUAUUUAUUAAGCUUCCAAAACGUCUGUGGGGUCAUUCACACAAUUUCGCACCUCACGAUGGGACUUGAAAGUCCAGUAAAGUUUUUAAAAGAAAAAUUAGGAGCUUUUUUUGGAUACAUAUAAUAAAAUAUUGGAGCCGGGGGAUUUCCAAGGCUAUUUAGUGGCAAAAAUUCCCCGCACAUACUCCAAGAAAUUGAAUUUAAUUAAGUAUAAAGAGAGCAUUUUUCAUUUUUAUACCAGAGUUAAGAUAAGAAGAUUUGGAGUCAAAUGAUACAAAAAAUUUUCAUUCCAUGAAUUUUUCUAAUUAAAUUCAUCAGAAGAAUGAUUACUUAUGUCAAUGGGAGAAUUAUAUAUACGGUUAUACCUCAGAGUUUUUUCUUUUAAAUUACGUUUAAGGUUUAAAUGAAAAUUUCGCAAGUUUUCAUCGGGUAUGCAAAGUAAAAAAAAUUUUUGAGGUUGCUUUUAUUGAAUAAAAAUCCGUUAAAAUACAAUUUCAAUUAAUUGGGAUUCAUUCUAAAUAGAUAGGAAUUAUUUUUUUUACAAAUUAUUAAAUAUAAUUACCAACGUGGUAAUUAAUGAAAUAUUUUAUAGGUAAAUAGUGGCUAAAUUCUUAAAUGAAACGUAACCUUCUUAGCUUCUUAUACGAUUUUUCUGGUUUUUGGUGAAUUUUAAUUUUAAAUUCCAUAUUCUAUUCUUAAAUUCCUUUGCAAAAAAAUCUGCAUUUAUUUAUCUAAAUGUCUUAAAUGUAAAACAACUCUGUUUAUUAUAUUAAACAUCAACAAGGUAAAUUGCCCCAUAGAAUGUUGGUUUAAAAUUCUCACCACUCUUAGCCAAAAAGGGGCCCCCUGUUGAAACUUGCACCUGAGCGUUAAUUUAUUUAGGAAGCUUUUAACAUAAGAGUUUGUCUUUUUUUAUUAUUCCUUUGCUGAUUAAUUUAAUUUUGUACACACUGGAAUACUUAAUGAGGUAUUUGUGACAAAGAGAACAAAAUUUCUUCCUAAUUAAUGUGAUUGCGUGUGUGGAGGAGUAUUUUUUGGGAUGGAUAUCAUCUAAGAUUUUUUUUCUUCUAAAUUCAUUACUUUAUGUAGCAUUGUAAGAAUAUAAAUUUUAAGGUAAAUGUAGAGAAAGAAAAAAAAUAAAGCAUUCAUUUUGAAUA